AUGCCACAACAAUACAGUAGUAUAAAUAAUUGUCUUAUAUCCCUUAGAGAGUCAGUAGGGCUAUUGGGAGAGUGUGUUAAAAUUUUGGGUGAUACAACGGAAGAUGCACCGAGAUUGAAGAAGGUUCUCAUGACUCGUAAAGUGUUUGGAUUGGUCCCAGAAAUGGAUUUGAUCAACGCAAAAAAGAACUUCAAGAACGGUAUAGAACCCCAGAUUGAAGAGGCUAUAGUCAGGAUAGAAAAGGAGAUGGCACGUUUAAAACGAAGAAAGAUAAAUUUGCAUAAUAAAUAUGACUUGCAGGCGGUAAGGCUAGCAAGCUCUACAAAGAGAGAUCUUGUCGCGGGGGUUUCUUUGAAUAAAAUCAACAAAAGCAGUAUCGAUGAACUGAAAUUAGCAAGGUUGAACCUAUUAAGGAACAAGAAGGAGAGGUUAAAGUACAGUUUGUCAAAAUUAGAUUUACAAGACCAGAAGGCUAGAUUGAGUAUCAUACCAUCGCUUCCACAUCAUAAUAACGUGGACACAAGCUAA